CGUAAAGCUCUCUGCUUUUGAACGGAAACCUCUCUCGUCGGAAAGCCCAUAAUCAGGAACAUAUACAUAUUUCCGGAGAGGAUAAGAAUUUCGCCGACACGGUUAUUUUCUCCUAAUGGGUGAAUUGAUAAGCAGCGCGGAAGCUAGAAUCCCGGAGGUUGAAGGAUGUUCGGAUCCUGCGAAUGAAUCCUCAUCUCCAACAGCUUCUAUCUUUCAGAGGAAGAUCGAGUUCCAUCCGGCUAGAAAGCCCUCUAAUGGGUUUAGCAAUGCUCAACGUGGGGAUUUUAAAAUCGAGACGCUAAACCCUGGGCCAGAUCCGAAACGGCUGCCCGGAGCUGGUAUGGCUCAGGCCAGCACCGGAAGGAGGAAGGUUGAUGGGUCUGAUUUUUUGAAAGCUGGCUUGGAUCCUGAGCUCAGUUUUAGGAUGACUUUUCGUAAAAUUGGUGCUGGUUUGGAAAAUCUUGGAAACACUUGUUUUCUCAAUUCGGUAUUGCAGUGUCUAACAUACACUGAGCCUUUAGCAGCUUAUCUUCAAAGUGGCAAGCAUCAGAAUUCUUGCCGUAUUGCUGGAUUUUGCGUAUUGUGUGCCAUCCAAAAGCAUGUUAGCCGUGCCCUACAAUCAACUGGGAGAAUAUUGGCCCCAAAAGAUUUAGUCUCAAACCUGCGGUGCAUAUCCCGAAACUUUCGAAAUUGUAGACAGGAAGAUGCUCAUGAAUACAUGGUAAACUUGUUGGAGUCAAUGCAUAAAUGUUGCCUACCAUCAGGAGUGCCAAGUGAAUCCCCCACUGCCUAUGAGAAGAGUUUGGUUCACAAAAUUUUUGGUGGUCGCCUCCGCAGUCAGGUGAAAUGCCUGCAAUGUUCUCACUGCUCCAACACCUAUGAUCCCUUCCUAGAUUUAAGUCUGGAAAUAUUCAAGGCAGAUUCCCUGCACAAAGCACUUGCUAAUUUUACUGCUCAGGAAUUGUUGGAUAGUGGGGAGAGGCAAUAUCAAUGUCAACGCUGCAAGCAGAAAGUCAGGGCUCGCAAACAGCUCACAGUUGACAAGGCACCUUAUGUACUUACCAUCCAUCUAAAGCGUUUUCGUGCACAUGAUCCUGGUCAGAAGAUUGAUAAGAAAGUUCAUUUCGGUCCCACUUUAGAUAUGAAACCUUUUGUCAGUGGUUCCUAUGAAGGAGAUCUGAAGUACACACUUUAUGGUGUUCUUGUUCAUUAUGGAUUGAGCACCCAUUCUGGUCACUAUUAUUGCUAUGUUCGUACAUCAGGUGGCAUGUGGUACUCCCUUGAUGACAACAGGGUUUUCCAAGUCAGUGAAAGGGCAGUUUUAGAACAGAAGGCUUACAUGUUAUUUUAUGUUCGUGAUAGAACAAACAUGGUUCCAAGGAAACCUGUUGAUAUUGUUCAAAAAGAGAACUCAAGGGCAACUCUUGGUGGAAAUAAAAUAUGUUCAACUUUCAACCAGAAUCCUAAGGAACACGUACAAAAUGGUCAGAAUGAAAAUAUACAUGACCCAGGUUCUGCUGCUUUGAAUCAAAAGGAAAUGGUUAGUGUUGGUGAGUUGAAGAGGACACAUGCAAAAGACGAAGCUUCAUCUCAGCAGAAUGAUGGUCAGGUUGUGACCAAUUGCUCCACACCUAUACAGAAGAACCCCUCACAAGCACAAUCUCCUGUGAAACCAAUUAAUGAAAACCGGGAUCUAGCAGCUCUAAGUGCAAAAAGGAAUGAUGGCACUUCUGGUGCUAAAGUCAGUGACUGCAAUGAGAUAAGAAGGUUUGAUAGAGAUUUUGGAGUCUCUGUCAACAAAUCAUCCAAUUCUAGCACUUGCCAAACAAUAGCCACUAAUAAGAUUGUGGAAGAAGGGACCUCACAUAAGAUGAAUCUUGUUUCAGAUGUUGGGGAUUCAAGUAUUGUACCAUCUGGAGAUUCUAGUGAUAAGGCAGAUGGGAUUCAAGAUAAAGCUUCAUCUGGUGAUUCUAGUGACAAAAUAUUUGAGAAAGCUGAUGCAGUAAAGUGUCCAAUGAAGAAGCCAUGCUGUGAGAAGAAUCAGGCCAGAGAGGCCUCUAAUGAUAAUGGUACAGAUAAUUCACCAAGUGAAAAGGGACAUGAUAAUGAUGAAAAGAUGGCAGAAUUGUCAACCAUUUCUGGCAUACCAAAUGGAUUUUUAGAGAUUAGAGCUACAGAUUGUGCAUCCCAAAGAAAAUCAAAGAGGAAGCUUCUGAGGUGUCAAGUUAAAGGCCUUCAUCAUAUCGGUUUAAAAUUUUUCAGGGGAUCCUUAGGCCUACGCAAGAAAAAACACAAAAGGAGUAAACACCACAAGUUCGAUAGGCUUAACCUUUCUACUGAACUUUUACUGGAUAAGGAUUGUUUAUCAACAGAUCUAGGGCCUUCCACAUCUGAGAAAUCCAGCAGAAUUACCUUUGCUUCCUCUAGUUCCAGGAGGAAAAAGGCAGCUAAUAAUACUGAUAAGAUGAAUGUUGGAAAUGUAAAUGUUUGUUCUGUGAUGACUGCUAUAGAGAGAGAAUUCAAAGAGAGGAUUUGUCAGAAUGGAUCUGUUCUUGCAACUGAUCAGCAGGUGAAGAGUUCUGAUUCAAUUUCAGAAGCACACCUGCAUCAUGCUAGACAAACUUAUUGUCCAAAAAAUAGCAAACUGGAUGCAUCACAGGCCAGGAUGAUACAGCUGCCUUCACAAGGUCUCGAUGAGACACCUGUUGGUCGAUGGGAUGACUUGGACAUGCCUACUCCAACUUUGGAAACAGACAGUUCUGUGGGUAUCACCAUUGGUUACAUAGGAGAUGAAUGGGAUGAAGAAUAUGACCAGGGUAAGAGGAAAAAACUAAGGCGCCAUAGGCACGAGUUUGGUGGACGAAAUCCUUUCCAAGAAGUUGCCUCCAGGAAAUUACAUUUUAAGAAUGCAAGGAGGGCAUUUAAGAAGACAAAGAAACAUCGUUCAAGCUCUUUCAGGAUAUGAAGCCAUCCAUUACACUAGAGCAAUUUUGACCUGUCUGCCUACUACCUUAAUGUUUGUGCUAUCUGGCUGAAGUUGUAACCAGUGAUAGCUCUAUGGGAAAAACCCAAAAUUUAGACGAUUUGAUAUAAUUUUCUUCUCUCUUUCUCUUUCUGUAAUUUUCGAUUUUAGGAUUUGUUAACUAGGGAAAGAGAGACAUUGACACUAUUGGUGUAAUAGCUUAUGUUAAGAUUAUUUGUGAUCUUAAUAAGACUGAAGUAUCCAAGAUUGAAGAUAUUUA